AUGAUGAACCAGGAGGAGUGGGCUAACCUGAGUCCCUCGGAGUUUUCUCAGCUUCAAAAAUAUGCAGAAUAUUCAACAAAGAAAAUUAAAGAUGUUUUAGAAGAAUUCCAUGGCAAUGGUGUGCUAGCAAAAUAUAAUCCUGAAGGGAAGCAAGAUAUUCUUAAACAAACAAUUGAUUUAGAAGGUUUCAAGUUAUUUAUGAAGAUCUUUCUUGAGGCUGAUUUACCACAUGAAUUUUGUGAACAUCUCUUUAUAUCUUUUGGAAACAAAGUUCCUUACAGCAGUCCGUUGGAAAAGAAUAAAUCACCAUUCCUUUCAGGAGGUUUGAGAAUUGCUAAAAGCAUAACUACACGUCCUCAACAUCUUUCCACAAUGCACACACCAGAAAUAAUCCAGUUGAAAGAUAUUGUUUGUUAUCUUUCCCUUCUUGAAAGAGGGAGACCUGAAGACAAACUAGAAUUUAUGUUUCGCUUGUAUGACACAGAUGGAAACGGCUACCUGGACAGUUCGGAACUUGAAAACAUCAUUACUCAAAUGAUGCAUGUGGCAGAAUAUCUUGAAUGGGAUGUCACUGAACUCAGUCCAAUUCUUCAUGAGAUGAUGGAAGAAAUUGAUUAUGAUCACGAUGGCACAGUUUCCUUGGAAGAAUGGAUCCAGGGGGGAAUGACUACGAUCCCACUUUUAGUGUUGCUUGGAUUAGAGAAUAAUGUGAAGGAUGAUGGGCAGCAUGUAUGGAGACUAAAACACUUUAACAAGCCUGCCUACUGUAAUCUGUGUUUGAAUAUGCUCAUAGGAUUAGGCAAACAGGGUCUCUCUUGUUCAUUUUGCAAGUACACUGUCCAUGAGCGAUGUGUCUCAAGAGCACCAGCAUCUUGUAUCAAAACAUAUGUGAAAUCAAAAAAGAAUACUGAAAUUAUGCAUCACUUUUGGGUGGAAGGAAAUUGUCCAACAAAAUGUGAUAAAUGUCAUAAAACUAUUAAAUGUUACCAAGGAUUGACUGGGUUACAUUGUGUAUGGUGCCAAACCACACUACAUAAUAAGUGUGCUUCACAUCUAAAGCCUGAAUGUGAUUGUGGCAUUCUGAAGGAUCACAUUCUACCUCCCACCUCAAUCUGUCCAGUAGUACUGACUCUACCCCCUUUAGGAGUUUCACUUCCUGAGGAACGCCAAGCAACAAUGAAAAAAGAAAGAAGUAGCUGUCAGCAAACAAACAAACUAGCUGAUCGAAACAAGAUGCAGAGAGCAAAUUCUCUCACUAUUGAUGGUCAAGGCCUUCAGAUCACACCAGCUUCAGGUACUCAUCCACUUCUAGUUUUUGUUAACCCUAAAAGUGGAGGAAAACAAGGAGAAAGAAUUUAUAGGAAAUUUCAGUAUCUUCUGAAUCCUCGUCAGGUUUACAGUCUUGCAGGAAAUGGACCAAUGCCAGGAUUAAAUUUUUUUCGAGAUGUUUCUGACUUUAGAGUAUUGGCAUGUGGUGGUGAUGGAACAGUAGGUUGGAUUUUGGACUGCAUAGAAAAAGCAAAUUUGAUUAAGCAUCCUCCUGUUGCUAUUCUCCCUCUUGGAACGGGGAAUGAUUUAGCCAGAUGUCUGAGAUGGGGAGGAGGAUAUGAAGGGGAAAAUCUUCUCAAGAUUUUAAAAGAUAUUGAGAACAGUACUGAAAUCUUACUGGACAGGUGGAAAUUUGAAGUCAUACCUAAUGAUAAAGAUGAAAAAGGAGAUCCCGUGCCUUACAGCAUCAUCAAUAAUUACUUUUCAAUUGGAGUGGAUGCUUCAAUUGCUCACAGAUUUCACAUUAUGCGAGAAAAACAUCCAGAAAAGUUCAAUAGCAGAAUGAAGAAUAAAUUUUGGUAUUUUGAAUUCGGCACUUCUGAAACUUUCUCUGCCACCUGCAAAAAGUUGCAUGAAUCUCUGGAAAUAGAAUGUGAUGGAAUUCAGAUAGAUCUGAAUAAUAUUUCUCUGGAAGGAAUUGCUAUUUUGAACAUUCCAAGCAUGCAUGGAGGAUCAAAUCUUUGGGGUGAGACCAAGAAAAGGCGAAGCCAUCGUCGAUUUGAAAAAAAUAGGCCAGAUAAAAGGAUCACUGUUACAGAUGCUAAGGAAUUGAAGUUUGCAUGCCAAGACCUAAGUGAUCAGUUGGUAGAAGUGGUUGGCCUGGAAGGAGCCAUGGAAAUGGGACAAAUAUAUACUGGAUUGAAAAGUGCAGGAAGACGCCUUUCUCAGUGUUCUUCUGUUUUCAUUAGGACUAGCAAAUCUUUGCCUAUGCAGAUUGAUGGGGAGCCAUGGUUGCAAACACCUUGUAAGAUAAAAAUUACCCACAAGAAUCAAGCUCCAGUUCUGAUGGGGCCUCCUCCGAAAACUGGCCUCUUCUCUUCCAUCAUUAAGAGAACAAGGAACUACAGCAAAGAGUAG